CACCGGUAUCUCAGCCACUUCCUCCGCUGUGCUGUUGCUGUGUCAGUUCCUUGUUUGGUUGCUUUUGCUUUGAACAUUUAUUGUAAAUUGAACCAUUGUGCUGUUCGAUUGAAAAGAAUGGCUUCUCAUAAUACAUAUAGGUUAAGUUGCUCAAUUCCUGGGCAUGAAAUGGAUGUAAGAGGACUUGCAGCCGCCUUUUUCCCCGAAGGAGCCUUUGUGUCUGUAUCUAGGGACAGAACGGGUAGGGUCUGGGUACCCAAUUCAAGUCCAAAUAGGGGGUUUACAGAAAUGCACUGCAUGAACGGCCACACAAACUUCGUGUCCUGCGUGUGCAUCAUAGCUCCAAAUGACACAUACCCACGGGGACUUGUAGCCACGGGUGGAAACGACAACAACAUCUGUGUUUUUUCACUGGACAGACCUGACCCACUCUUCAUUCUGAAGGGACACAAAAACACAGUCUGUAGUCUCUCUUCUGGGAAAUUUGGGACUCUACUGAGCGGCUCAUGGGACACUACAGCGAAGGUUUGGCUCAGUGAUAAGUGCAUGAUGACUCUACAGGGGCAUACAGCUGCUGUUUGGGCGGUGGUCAUCCUGCCAGAACAAGGCCUCAUGCUGUCUGGUUCAGCCGAUAAAUCCAUCAAGCUGUGGAAAGCAGGACGUUGCGAGAGGACUUUCACUGGUCACGAGGACUGCGUCAGGGGCCUGGCGGUAAUCAACGACACCGAGUUCUUCUCCUGCAGCAAUGACGCUAGCAUCAGGCGGUGGCUUGUGAGUGGGGAGUGCACGCAGGUAUACAACGGCCACACCAACUACAUCUACAGCCUGGCUCUGUGUCCUAAUGGCCAAGAUUUCAUCAGCACGGGAGAGGACCGGACCCUGCGGAUAUGGAAGGGAGGGGAGUGCGCCCAGACCAUUCGCCUUCCUGCCCAAUCGGUGUGGUGCUGCUGUGUGCUGCCCAAUGGGGAUAUAGUCGUCGGGGCGAGUGAUGGGAUAAUCAGGGUGUUCACCGAGGCAGACGAGCGUGUGGCCAGUGCUGAGGAUCUGCAGGCCUUUGAGGAGGAGCUCUCUAAAGCCACCAUCGACCCCAAGACCGGGGACCUGGGCGACAUCAAGGUGGAGGACCUCCCGGGAAGGGAACACCUGGACGAGCCAGGGACGCGGGACGGGCAGACACGGCUGAUCAAAGAAGGGCAGAAGGUGGAGGCCUACCAGUGGAGCGUGAGCGAGGGGCGCUGGAUGAAGAUUGGGGACGUGGUGGGGGGGUCGUCCCAGGCCUCCUCCAGCAAGACCACGUAUGAGGGAAAGGAAUACGACUUUGUCUUCACCAUCGACAUGAACGAGGGGGGACCCUCCAUGAAGCUGCCUUACAACGUGACGGACGACCCCUGGCUGGUCGCGCACAACUUCCUGCAGAAGAACGACCUGAGCCCCAUGUUCCUGGACCAGGUGGCCAACUUCAUCAUCGAGAACACCAAAGGCCACACCCUGGGCCCGGCCCCGCCCAGUGCAGCCGACCCCUUCACUGGGUCAGGGCGCUAUAUUCCUGGCUCCUCUGACGGUAGAACAGGUUUUGGUGCCGAUCCGUUUACAGGCUCUGGGCGCUAUAUUCCCGGAUCAGACCCGACUCCCACGGGCCCCACAGGAGUAGCAGACCCUUUCACAGGUGGAAGCGCCUACUCCUCUGCUGCCUCUCGUCCGACCCCCACCAACAUCUACUUCCCAAAAACAGACGCCGUCACCUUCGAGCAGGCCAACGCCACACAGAUAUUUGCCAAGCUUAAGGAGCUGAACGGUGGGGCGCCGGAGGAUAAGAAGCUUCCGGAAGACAUUAUGGCGAAGCUGGAGAAGCUCCUUAUGAACGUCUGCGACCUCAAGUCCUCAGAGACGCCCACCCAGGAGGAGAUUGGAGUCCUGUGGAAGACCUCCCACUGGCCUGAAGAUAUAGUCUUCCCCGUGCUGGACAUCCUGCGGCUGGCGGUGCGCCACCCGGUGGUCAACGCGAGCCUGUGCGGAGAGACGGAGGGCGUCCAGUUCUGCAACCACCUGCUGAGCCUGCUGGGCCCGCAGGGCCGGCCGGCCAAUCAGAUGCUGGCUCUCCGGACUCUGUGCAACUGCUUCUCGGGCCCGUCGGGGCGGAGCUUGCUGAUGACGCAGAGGGAGGCGGUGAUGUCGCGGGUCACCGAGCUGAAGGGCGUGUGCAACAAGAACAUCCACAUCGCCCUGGCGACGCUGGUGCUCAACUACGCCGGCGGGCUGCACGGCCAGGCUGACCUUGAGGGGAAGGCCCAGUGCCUGUCCAUGGCCAGCUCAGUCCUGGAGGGGGCGCUAGACAAGGAGGCGGUGUUCCGCCUGCUGGUGGCCCUGGGGACCACUGUCUCCGGGGACCCUACCGCCAAGGACCUGGCCCAGUCGCUGGGGGUCAAGUCCCAGAUCGCCAGGUACACGUCUGUGUCAGAGCCCGCCAAGGUGGGGGAGUGCUGUAGGCUAGUGCUGAACGAACUGCAGUGAUUCAUCCAACCCCCAUCCCUGACCCUCCAAACACACACCUUCUAUUUGUAUAUUUAUCUGAAUAAACUGACGGUUGUCGACGACUGUUUCACGCAUGUGCUGCAAUAAAACCGAACAACGAAAACUGAA